GGGGCGGGGGAGGAGAAGGAGGAGGAAGAGGGGGGCGGCGGCGCCGGCCGCGCGAAGGAUGUUGCGGCUGCGCUGCAAGGCCCGGAGCGGCACCCAGCCGCUGCCCGGCCUCACGGCACACUCCCGUCUCCGCGACAUGCAGGCCGCUCUGGCCGCCCUCACCGGCGUCCCCGCCCCGGCCCAGCGGCUGCUCCUCGGCUUCCCUCCGCGGAGCCUCGACCUCAGCGACGGCGAGCGGCGGCUGGGCGAGCUGGGCAUCCACUCGGGGGACACGCUCAUCGUGGAGGAGGACACGUCCAAGCCCAGCGCCGGCUCUCCAGUCGUGGCCAAGCGGACGAUGGCGGUGAGGGAAGCGGUGCCGGUGCUGGCCAGGAGGGUGGUGCCGGCUGAUAACUCGUGUCUGUUCACCAGCGUGUACUACGUGGUGGAGGGCGGUGUGUACGACCCCGGCUGUGCCCCGGAGAUGCGCAGCCUCAUCGCUCAGAUCGUAGCCAGCGAUCCCGAGGCGUACUGCGAGGCGGUGCUGGGGAAAACCAACAGGGAGUACUGCGAAUGGAUCCGGAGAGAGGAAACGUGGGGGGGAGCCAUCGAGGUUUCCAUCUUAUCCAAGUUUUAUCAGUGUGAAAUCUGCGUGGUGGACACGCAGACGGUCCGGAUCGAUCGCUUCGGGGAGGAUGCCGGGUACACCAAGCGGGUCCUGUUGAUCUACGAUGGGAUUCAUUACGAUCCGCUCGAGCGUAAAAUCCCCGACUCGGACGUUCCUCCCCAGACCAUUUUCUCUACCACCGAUGAUGUUGUUCUGGCACAAGCCUUGGAGCUGGCAGACGAAGCCAGACGGAAGAGGCAGUUCACCGACGUGAAUCGCUUCACGCUGAGGUGCAUGGUGUGCCAGAAGGGACUGACAGGACAAGUGGAAGCCAGAGAACACGCCAAGGAGACGGGACACACCAACUUCGGGGAGGUGUGAGGCCUGCAUGAGGAUGGUUACAUCUACUACCUCACUCAUCCGGAAUAAAAUUCUGGAUUUCCAGAUAAGCUGUAUGUAAUCACAGGAUUCCGUUCACAGAGCUUGAAAAGCAAAUGAACUCAACGAUGGCCAAGGCGCACGGGUUUGGUGUGGUUAUUUGGAAUAGGUUAUCUUCUCGCAUGCUAAUUUAGGGUCAUUGGGCAGGGGUUGCACACUGGCAGCUACAACCUGAUUUCUGAAAUCAUCUUCUCUUUGAGUGCGUGCUCCGAGCGGCCAUAUGGAACCAGGCUUGUCCAAUGCUGGGGUGAAAAACGAGCCUCUAAAUUACUGAAUUAAUCUCUCUGUAUUAUGUUUUCAGGGUAAUUAAAUUAAGGGUUUAGGAAAUGUAUGUAUCAGCACUAUUUAUACUAAAAAAUAGACUCUUUGCAUAGAAGCGGCCCUUCCAGGGGAAACUGCUCGUGGGGUGCCCAGUUUUUAGUGGGAAGAGCAUCCCUAAAGCUGCCCUACACUAUGUUACUAUCAGAAGUAGAAUGUAUUGUUUGUGUGAAGUCACGGCUUUAGAGAAAGAAGUGGCCUUUAAGCUUUAAGAUAGCCUUCUUAAAAUUAACGAGUAGGUGGUUAAGUGUUGAAUAACCUUAUUAAUCCUCCAUAGGUAGUUUUUAGUUGCUUGGAAAAUAACUAUCAGCCCCUUGGUGUUUACACUGCAUCGGAACAUAGGCAUGUUACUUGGAAUACUUGGGUUCUCCUUAACAAUAUCUCAAAUUCUGGCAGGAGGGAAAUGCAGUAAUUAGGGAAGUAUCUUAAUUUGCAUCUGUUUAAUACAUUGGAAUGGUCUUUGUUUGGCUGUAGCUGAUCUCGUGGCCACAGUGUUACUAAGCUGUAGCAGAUUCCAAAUACUGUAAAUUAGCACUUUAAGGUAUAGUUCUCAGUUGUUUUUGCUGGUAAGAAGUCUUACCCUUUUUAGAAGGAUGGAGUAGUAAUCCAGAAGGGAGGCUCGAGGUUUCUUCAUCUGCAUUCUGCCUUAACGUGUUUGAUUUGUCACCAGUGACUGUUCAGGAGGAAGACUUUAAUUCAGAUAAUGAAGGAUGCAGUUGAACUGUCAGAACAAAACAAGCUGGGUGAAGUGCCCUACUUCUCAUACUGCUCAGAAUCAGGGAAGGUGGAAUUGAUUUCAUCAAUCUUACCUCACAGCAAGGUUGUGAGCUUAACAGUAAGUGCUUUGAGGUCUCUUAAAAGGUGCUGUAUAGGUGCGUAGUACUGAAGGGGAUUUAUUUUUUUUCCUUUGUAAUGCCUGUAAUACACGUUUGUUUUAAGGAAUUUUACAAUGUUCUUAGCCUUCUAUCACUCUGUUUCAAGUUACCUCUCUUGCUCUUCUACAAAUGGAGAGCAGGAACGUGCAUCUUCAGUUUGAGGCAGAAGCAAACCCGCUUUCCAAAUGAAAUCAACCUUAGUUUUAAGGGCCUCCGUUCACUGAGGCAUGUAGCUGAACUGGCGCAGAAGAUCCUGUUUUCUGUAGGCAGCAUAUUUCACUGAAGUUCUCACCUGAGUUGGACCUUGAGACACUGAGGGGAUCUCACAGGAAACAGAGCAUAAUUGCCAAGUGCUUUGCUAAAUUGAGGCAAGAAUAAUUAAGGAUAAAGAAUAGAAUUGCCAAAAGCACUAUGGACCAGCUUUCUUUUUAUUUCAGUAUUAAAACACACGUUCAUACUGUUGGGAGUUUCCAAUAGAAAACCACUUAGCUUGCGGUGUUAAACCACACUUUGCUUUUCAUCCAUCAUGAGAAAAAACAAAUCACUACCAACAGCCCUCAAGAAGCUGAUGCUUAUGAACCUAAAGAGGGAACUUGAAGAUUACACUGAUACAACGACUUGAGGCAAAAUGCUGUCUAGGAAUGAGACCAAGAGACUAUCGACCCUAAAUCAUGUUCUCAGCUUUCACACUGAAGAGGUGAGGUGCCUCGGGCAAGGAGCUGUUCCUCGCCAUUUGCCAUCUGUUACAUGGACAAUACCUACCUCAGAGAGGUGUACUUUGGGUGUCUUCGAAACAAAAGUGCUGUAGAAGAGGAAGAUAGGUAUUUAUUGUCUGCCACGUUUGCAACGGCGUGGACUUUCGGGAGCAACACUUAGAAUUUUUUAGCCUUGUACCUUGGGUGGAUUCCUGAAAGCGUGUCCAAAUACUUCUGGGGGAUUAUUGCUCAGUUGGAGUAUUUUUAAAUUGAAAAAUCAGUUGUAUUGAAUCCAGAGCGUUCAGCUUUGCUUUAUCAUGUCUGCAUUGCAAACCCACUAACAGAGCAGGAGGUCCGUGUGAGGGAGAUGCCUCGGUGUCACCGCUUGGAUGUUUUGUUUAGUUGCCUGGAAAAUAAAAUCCCUUUGGUUUACAAACUA